AUGGAGAGUCUACUCGUCAAGCAAGCCAACUCGUCACCCAAUGCCAUAGCUGUGAUUGAUAAUGGCAGUGCCACUAGCUACCGAGAAAUCAUUGCAAGGGCAGACGUCCUGACUCACUUUCUCGAGGAAAAAUCUCUCGAGCCGGAGCAGCCUGUUGGUAUCUUGGUCGAACCAGGACUCAGCCAGGUGAUCGCGCAAAUUGCUGUUAUACGCGCAGGAGGUACCUGUGUCCUCAUUGAUACUUCUGCACCUGACGAACGACUAAAAGGGAUGCUCGAAGAUCUGGCCAUAAGGCAUUUCAUCGCGAAUGACGCCUCAUUUAAGCGUAUCUCAGGGGAACAUAUUAUCUAUAUCACUGAAGCGCUUGUUGCGGAGAUAGAAAAAACCGAAGGACACGAUAUCGAUCUUCGUGCAGGUCUAUCGGAAAACUACAGAAGCCAUAUAGUGUUCACGUCGGGAUCGACAGGUCGACCGAAGCCCAUCCAGAUAUCAAGUAACAGUAUCUUGCAUGCAAUGGAACACAUCCCAUGCGGCAAGCUGCACCCUUCAGACCGCGUGUCCUGUCUUCUCAAUCCCGGAUUUGAUUUGGCUCUUCUCGAAAUUUGGAAACCUUUGCUUGAAGGGGCAACUCUGGUCAAAGUGCCGGAUCUUACGCGCACUGACCCUUUUGCGCUGGAAGCAUUUGUGAGGGAACAAGGUAUCACUUUCAUGAUUGUUCCCACUGCCUUGUUUGAGGUAGUCGCACUAAACUGCCCCGAAGCCUUCCGUGGAACACGUCAUAUCAUGGUCGGAGGUGAUGUGGUGAGCCCUAAUGCGAUGCAGAGGGUUUUGGAUCAUGCAGGUCCAGAACAUCUGUGGAAUGGAUAUGGUCCUGCCGAGGCAACUAUUCUGGUUACUCUCCAGCGAAUAGAUCACCAAGAGGUACAACUGCCGCGAAUUAGCAUUGGCCGCACCUUUGGUGAAACCACUAUCUAUCUCCUCGACCAGAACUUGGAUCUUAUCUCGGCCCCAGAAACGACCGGAGAGAUCUGCAUUUCCGGGCCCCAGAUCUCCCCAGGUUACCUGAAUCGAUCUGACGAGAAUGAAAAAAGCUUCAUUGUGCUUGAUGCGGAAAGGUUGGGUGCUGCAUGUACGAACCCCAUACGCCUAUACCGCACUGGUGAUCUUGCUCAGUGGCGUGACCAUGCGGGUGGUAUUCUGGAUUAUAUCGGCCGCGUUGACAACCAAGUGAAGAUUUCGGGAUAUCGAGUUGAGCUCGGGGACGUGGCGUGCGCACUCGAAACCCACCCAGACGUCUACUCAUGUGAAAUCAUGUAUCAUCAGCAAGAUGGGAAUCAAGUCCUCGAAGCGUAUAUUAUCCCAGUCGACUGGGAAAAUCAGAUCGAUUCUACCACCUUAAUCAAUUGGGCCAAGCAAAAACUUCCUCCAUAUAUGCUUCCAACUACCGUGUACAAGAAGCGAAAAUUUCCGCGUUCUCAAAAUGGGAAAAUCGACCGUGAAGCCCUUCGACCUGAUGAUGAUGACAGUCAGCAGAUGAAUGAAAAGGAAGUCACUGAUCAGGACGGUCAUUACAAUGACGAGCCAAACCACAGACAUGAGAGUAAGCAGGAUGAUUUAAUUGAGUGGCUCAGCACUGUCAUAGAGGGGCUGCUUUCCAGCUCGAAGUUCAACCUUUCAGAGAGCUUCUUCGAUCAGGGAUUGAGCUCCCUGCAGGCUGCAAGGCUCAUCGGGCGAAUCCGAGCAGAACUUGGAAAGAAGGUCACAUUACUGGAAGUUCACAAGAACAACACCGUCAAAAAGCUGGCAGCCUUCUUGAACGGGUCUAUCGACAACAGCAUCUCCGAAAUCUCUCACCUGGAGAAAUGGGCAGCGGAUGCUAAGGAUCUUGACAAUCCACCAUUGUCACAUUGGCUGGAUCCACCCGAGGGCCGUGUCUUUUUGACCGGUGCUACGGGUUUCCUUGGUGCCCACAUCCUGCAGCGCCUCUUGAUGAUGCCAACGGUCAAGCAGGUCGCCUGUUUGUCACGUAGUCAGGGUGGGCUAAGUGCCAGUGCCCGUAUUCAGCAGACUCUGGAAAAGUACUGCUUGUGGGAUAGCCGGCUCGAUAUUACGCACAAAAUCAUGGUCCUCGAAGGUGACCUAUGCGAUUUCAACCUCGGUUUGGGGGAAGCUGGACAUGCAUGGCUCACAGAUUGGGCCAGCGUCAUCUUUCAUGUGGGCGCAAAGGUCAACUGGUGUGAUCCCUAUGAGGCACAUUAUGAGCCUAACGUGGUAGGGACACGGAACAUUAUCCGCGCUGCAACUGAGGGGCGCCGUAAAGCAUUACACUACAUCUCUUCGAUCGACGUGUGGAGCGUCAGUGGAUUCAUCAACAAUAUUGAUCGUGUGUAUGAGGACGAGCCACUCAUGCCCCAUCUAAAUGCACUACCUUACGAUACCGGCUACUCUGCGAGUCAAUUUGUCGCAGAAGAACUUGUCCAACGAGCGCGCGCUCGUGGAUUGCCCGCGGCUAUCUACAGACCUGGCUUUAUUGUGGGUCAUAGUCAGAUUGCGAUUGCCAACGCCAACGACUAUUUUUCAAGGUUGAUUAUGGGAUGCAUUCAGAGUCGUCAUUUCCCCAACCUCGAGACACAGUACCUCGAAUACGUCACAGUCGACUAUGUUGCUUCGGCGAUCUUGCUCAUUGCUUCCAGCAUGGAUCAUCUGGGUCGAUCGUAUCAUAUCGUUCCUCCGGAUCGAUCCCUCUCGGUCAACUAUGGUCAGAUCCAUCAGAUGCUCGUUGACCUCGGCUACCCAGUUGAAAAGACCGAAUAUUGGGCGUGGGUGGAAAAAAUUCGACAGUCACCUGGCAAUGCACUAGAAGCUAUGAUGCCAUUGCUGGAAGAGCCUGUGUAUGAGGGCAUGACACGGUUGCAAACCAGCAAGAACACGCCAAUUUACGAUCCAACUAAUACCACAGCAGUCUUGAAAGACCAUCCAGAUAUUGCAUAUACGGCGCUGAACUCGGAAUUGCUCCAGAAAUUCAUCCGUAAUUGGGUCGAUCGUGGCCAGUUCACUCUGCACGACAAUUCCAAAUGA